AUGGCAAAAGAUUCUUUACUGUUUCUUACAGUUGCAGCAUUGUGCUGCUGGGCAGCCAUAGCAGAAGCAGAGGGCAUGGCGUACAAAGAUCCAAAAAAGCCAUUAAAUGUAAGAAUAGAGGAUUUGAUGAGCAGGAUGACAUUGGCCGACAAAAUUGGUCAGAUGACACAAAUUGAGCGCACUGUUGCAACCAGAGCAGUUAUGCAUAAAUACAUGAUAGGGAGUGUAUUGAGUGGCGGAGGCAGUGUUCCUGCUAAACAAGCUUCACCAGCGGCAUGGGUGGACAUGGUCAAUGAUUUCCAGAAAGGUGCAUUAUCGACACGUCUUGGGAUCCCAAUGAUUUAUGGGAUUGAUGCCGUACAUGGUCACAAUAAUGUCUACAAGGCUACCAUUUUCCCUCACAAUGUUGGUCUUGGAGCAACCAGGGAUCCAGCUCUAGUGAAAAAAAUUGGAGCUGCAACUGCUCUUGAAGUCAGAGCUACAGGCAUUCAAUAUGUUUUUGCACCAUGUGUUGCGGUAUGCAGAGACCCCAGAUGGGGGAGAUGCUAUGAGAGUUACAGUGAGGAUCCCACCACUGUGGAAGAAAUGACAGAGAUUAUAUCGGGAUUACAAGGAGAUUUACCGAAAGAUAAAGUAGCAGUACCUUAUGUUGGUGGACCAAACAAGGUUGCGGCUUGUGCAAAGCACUAUGUGGGUGAUGGAGGAACGACAAAAGGCAUAAAUGAGAAUAAUACAGUGCUCACCAGCGAUAGAUUGUUCAGUAUCCACAUGCCUCCCUUUUUUGAUGCAGUUAUGAAUGGUGUAUCAACUGUGAUGGUCUCCUAUUCGAGCUGGAAUGGUGUCAAAAUGCAUUCUAAUCGAAAACUUAUUACUGACUACCUUAAGGAUAAACUUAAGUUCAGGGGUUUUGUCAUCUCAGAUAUGCAGGGUAUUGACAGACUGACUACUCCUCCUCACAAGAACUACACAUGGUCGAUUCUUACUGGUGUAAAUGCUGGCAUUGAUAUGGUCAGUAAGCUUGAAUAG